AUGGCAUUGAUGAGCCAUCGCUCCGUGUCGCUGCCGCAGCUGCACCCGUGGAUUCGCGGCGUCGACCACGAGGAGCGCGCCAGCGAGGCCGCCCUUGCGGCACAGUGCGGGGAGCCGAGCGACGUCCCCGUGCGCAUGCAUUCCAACAGGCCGGACGAUCAGCCAGGGCAGCAGCAGCAGCAGCAACAGGUGCAGCAGCAGGAGCAACAGGUGCAGGAGGAAGAGGUGCAGCAAGAGCGGCAGCAGCGGGAGGAGCAGCAGCAGCAGCAGCAGCAGCAGGCGGCCAGCGCUGUGCUGGGCCCUCGGUCCGUGGCCGUCUCCCUCACCGUCGACCACGCCUUCGGCUUCGCAUCCCCAGCAGCCCUUCCGCCCGCAGUGCUCUCCGCCCUCGCAGCGCUCGCGGAUUCAGCUCGCCACCAGGCUGGCGGGUUUUCCCCGCUCACAGCGGAGGGGACGGCGGACGGCGCCUUGCCUCCCGUGCUUGAAGGCAUCCUACGGAGCGCACCUCCCGCCGGCCCAGGCGACGCGGGAUCGGUUGAUGGACCAGCUGUUGCAGAGAGGUAUGGGCAGUGGAGCGGUGAGAGCGGGUCCUACUCCAUGCUGCUGCCGGCUGAUGCCCCUGCCGUCACAGCAACCACUCUCGGCGCAUUUGAUCGGGCAGGCCCGUCGGAGACCCAGCAAGCAGCAGCAACAGCUGCAUCAACAGGAGCAGGCGCAGCAGUAGCAGCGACAACAGAAGCGGCAGUAGCGGUGGAGGCUCAGGCAGCGAGUGUGGAAGCAGUACAAGGAGCGGCUGCAGGUAAGGCCAGCAGUUGCGAUCUUGCCAGUGCUGCGCCUGCUGCCGUGCCACCCGUUAUAGCAGCCGAGGCGGAGGCAGCGGCGGGCGAGGGCGAGGAGGGGGCGGAAGCAGCGCUGCUGGCAGUGGAGGUGCGGUGGAAGGGCGCGCGCGCGGGGCUGAUGGGGUCCAUGUUCGGGCGCGCCGUGAAGCGCGGGUGCAGCAGCGCACAGCCGCCGCGCGGGCCGCACGGCAUGGUGCGGUGGGAGGAGGGCUUCGCGCACGACUGCCACCUGCUGCCCUGCCCCGCCGCCCUGCGCGCCGCCCGCGGGCAGGGCGAGGCGUGCGGCAAGGGCUGCCUCUUCCAGCCGUGGGAGGUGGUGCUGCUCGUGCACAAGCAUGCACCCAGCAGGCCCAGGGAGCGGCCCCAGCAGGUGGCGUCGGUGGUGCUGGACGUGGCGCCGCUCGCCGCGCCGCUCUCCACGCAGCCCCUCACGCACCACCUGCUGCUCCUCUUCGCGCCCCCCGACUCGCCCCCCGUCGGCCUGCUGCAGGUCGCCACUCACGCCACUGCCCCUGGCCCCCCCGCGCUGCCCGGCACCCUCUCACCACCCCUUCCAUUCAGCCAUAUGCUCGCUUUUCCGUUUCAGCAUGCGUCUGUGUGCCAACAAUACCCUGAGGCGUUUCUGCUUGUGUGUGUGUGGGCUGCUGUGCGCGGGCAGGUGACAGUGGAGUGCACUCAGCUGCCGCUAGCAGCAUCCGCCCCCCCAUCCCCAGCCGCACUCCAGUUGGCAGCACCAGUCCCGGCCCAAGCCUCAGCACCGGCAACAGUGCCACCCACUCCAGCCGCGGGCGGGCCAGCAGCAGCAGGGACGGGAGUGAGGGAGGCUGGGGGUGGCGGGGUGCACCUGGGGGGGCUGUGGGGGUGGCAGCGGCGCAGCCGGGAGAGCAAGAGCCCCGCGCUGCCCCUGAACGCGGCGGGCAGGGCAGGCGAGGGCGGAGGGCAUGGGGCUGCUGGCAGCGGCAGCGCGGAGCAGAGCAAUGGAGGUGCGCAGCAGGAGGAGGCCGAUUGGCAGGGAACGGACGGCGAUACAGGGUGGGAGCAGGUGGAGCGGAGGGCGAGUGAUGGCGAGGGCGAGGAGGGGGAGAGUGGGCUUGGCGGGCAGGGAAUGGAGGGGCGGCAGGCGAGGGAGACAGUCGGUGCCGUGGAGCAGCAGGGAGAAGAUCGCGCUGCUGUGGCAGAGGUGGAAGGCGAAUCGGCAGACAACAGAGGGGCGUCCGGCAAUGGGGGUGUGGAUGUAGCUGUGGGCACAGGCGCUGGCGCGAGCACGGGUGCGGGCACAGGCACGGGCUCGGGCAUGGGCAUGGGGCUGCUGGAUGUGCUGCGGGGAGGGGUGUGGCGGCGGUCAGUGUCGGUGGAUGGGGCAGGACGUGCGCGGGGCAGGCCAGGCGGGAAACAGGUGGCGGGGCUAGGAGGGAGGGGUUAUGAUGGGACGGGGGAGGAGGGCGAAGAGGGUGAGAACAAGGAGCGAAGGAGCAACAUGUUGUGGGAGGAGAAUGGGGUCUUGACGAGUGAGCUGGCAGUGUGGGAGAAGGCAGAGGAGGAUGCGGAAAGGGAGGAGGGAGGACAGGCAGAGAGCGAGAGUGAGGAGGGCGAGGAGGAGAUGGUAGCAGCGGAGGCGCUGUGCUAUGGGCCGCUGGCAGAGGUGAACCUGGGAGGGCACGUGGGAGGACCCGUGCACACACGCAUGCGCAUGCUGCACCUGCUGCCCCACGCUCUGCCCUCGCCCCCUCGCACCCUCUCCCUGCCCGCCCAGCCCUCCAGCGCGCAUAGUGAGAGAGGGCAGACUGCAAUGCAAGAAGUGCACAUGACACCACUGGAGGCAGGCAGGGAGGGAGGUGGUGAGGAGGGAGCCGUGGGUGCAGAGGUUGUGGGAGGUGCAGCGGAGGAGGAGCAGCGAGCGACUGCUCCUCUGCGGUCGCCCUUAGCGCCACGCCUCUUCACCUUCACCUCGCCCUUCCUCUUCUUCUCUUCCACCCCCCGCCCGCCCCCUGCUCCUGCGCCCACACCCGACCUGCCCUCGCCACCAGCGCCACAGCCUGCAUCGUCAGCACCAGAAGCCACGUCUGAACUCGCACCUGCUGCCUGUGGCGGCUCCACCCAGGGCGAGCAAGGCCCUCCCCCUGCCCAAGGCAGCAGGGACUCGUCCCCCAUCUCACCGCUCGACCCCCUCCCUGCCGACGCCCCUCCCCCCUCCAAGUCCUUUCUCCUGCCGCCCUUCCUCCCAGCCAAGCCCCUUGCUGCCACCUCGGGCGGAGGUGGGGCAGGGGGCGGAGGGGGAGGAGGUGCGGGGGUGGGUGCAUUUUUGCGGCGGCCGCUGCUGUUCCUGCGCACGCUGUCGCUGCAGGAGAGGGGCGAGCCGCUGCUGCACAAGGCGUACGGGGAGGAGGGGGGGGACGAGAUCGACUGGGACAGGCGCAAGGCACUCGAGGCCGAGCAGGAGCAUCCCCUUUACAAGCAGCCUCUGGAGGAGCAGCAGGCAGCGAGUGCGGGGGAGGCAGAGGCAGAUCCAGUGUCACCGUCGGCUUCAAGCGUGCGGGAGCUGUUCGGAGACGAGUUCCGCGUGGGGCAGUGGGAGCGCCGUGAGGUGGUGAGUCGCGACGGCACGGCGCGGUUAUGCGCGCCGGUGUUCCUGGCGACUGUGGACCAGUGCCACGCCAGUGCUGCGGGCGAGGGCGCGUGUGCGCUGCUGGUGGCGCACAUAGCGGCGUGGGUGCAUGAGCAUGCGCACGGGGAGGGCACGCUGCCAGGGCAGGCGGAGCUGGACGACCUCAUCCGUGCCGGGUCCGCUGACUGGCGCCGCCUGCGCGCCCUCAGCGACUUCCACCAGCGCUUCCCCGAUGGGCACUUUGACCUCGACACCGUGCUGGCUGCCGUGCAGCACUCCCACUCCGACACGGCCCCCCAUGCACACUCAGACUGUGAUGGGCAGGCCGUGUGCGCAGAGGCCCAUGGCCAGGUACCUGAUACGGAUGGUGGAGGAAACAGAGACCCUGAUGGCGCCCAUGCUGGCAGCAGCGGCAGCAGCGAUGGUGGUGGGGUGGCAGCCAUGCCCCGGCUGCCACUGUGUGUGGUGCCCAGCCAAUCAUUCGUGGGGUUCUUCCACCCGCCCUGCCUUGCUGCCAGGCGCGCCAAGGAGGACGCCGCCCGCACGCAGGGCAGCAGCGCAGCGGAGGGUGAUGCGGCGGAUGUGAACAGGGGCGAGGCGGGAGCGAGCACUGUGGACGAGAGCGGAAGAGAUACAGAGGAGGGGGGUGAGGGGAAGGAGGAGGAAGUAGUGGGGAAGCGCACAAGCAGUUCGCCAGACGUAGAAGCAAAAGGCAAUGGGGCUGAAGCGUCGUUGGAAACAGGAAAGCAAGAACAGACUUCUACUGUGGAGAGCCCAGAAAGCGUCGGGGAGAAGGGCGUGGAGGAGAAGGCCUUGGAGCAGCUGGCGUUUUUGGAGGGCAUGCUGUCGUUUGAUGACAUCUGGGAGGCGGUGGUGCAGGCGGGUGAGGGCGUGUACAUCGUGGCGUGGAACGACCACUUUUUCCUGCUGCUCCUGCGCCGCCCCCAACUCCACCAGCACCAGUACCGCCACCAGCAGCAACACGGGUGUGGGGGCGCGCAAGCAGCACUGGAUAGGCCUGUGGGGGAGCACACAGGUGAAGGUGCAGGCCAUGGUGGCACACGGGCGGAGGCGAGGGGUGGGGAGGUGGAGUGUGUGGUGAUCGACACACUGGGCGAGCGGCUGCACGAGGGGUGCUCGCAGGCCUUCAUGCUGCUCUUUGACUCCUCCUCCUGGGUGGAUGUCGGCCUGCCUCCCCCAGCAGCGCCCGGAAGCACUGCUGCUGGUGGGGCAGGCGCAGGAGGAGGAGGAGGGGUUAGUGAAGGCGACGGUGGUGGGGAACAGGCGAAAGCGCAGGGCACAGUUGACAGCUGUGAGCAGGGUGGCAGGGCAGGCGAAGCAGAGAGGGCAGAGGGUAAGGCAGGCGGCAUUGGUGCUCAGGUGCCCAGGGCAGAGACAAGCAGGCGAUGGGGUGUGAAGGCAGGCAAGGGCAGUGGCAAGGGCAAAGAUGGCAGUGGGAAGGGCAAAGGCAGCAGUGGGGUGGACGUUGGAGCAAGGGGGAUGGGUCCCCAUCCCCAUGGGGUGAAGCACACGGUGAGCUGUGAAGCAGAUGUUGCUAAGGGGGUAAACGUGAACGAGGGAGCAGCACAAGUACCGCAUGUGGCAGAGGUUGAGGAGGUGGUGCCUCAAGCAAAUCAACCAAAUGAAGGCAUCACCUUGGUCCCUGCCGACACUCAUGGCGUGCCCGCUGUCAUCACUACCACUCUAAAUCAUGUAGAUAGUCCUUUGGCAGAUAACUGCAGCCCACCAUGCGGUGACGAGUCAGCAUCCACUGCAGCUGACUCAGUGCUUCCUACAGCAGUGCAUGCAGCCGAGACAGCAUGUCUGCUGAUACACACUGACGGUCCAUCACAGUCACCCAUAUACGAGACGGAAACCAGCACCACCAAUUUUGACGGGUGUGCAAGCAGUGAGCAGCCCACCCAAACCGCGUCGAGCGCUGCUGGUUCGUCUCCUGCCUUCACAGCCACCACUGCCUCCCCUCCCACCUCGGCGGCACCUGCUUGUGGCGGGGAGGGCGAGGGGGACGCAGCUCCAGUGGCAGCGGGGCGGAGGGUUUGGGGAGCGGAGGCGUGCCGCGAGUACCUCAAGGCGUUCCUGGCAGCGGUGCCGCUGGCGGAGGUGGAGAGUGACCUGCGCAAGGGGCUGCUGGCGUCACCCGAAGCCAUCCACCGCCGCCUGCAGGUGGAGCUCCACUUCACCCGCCUCCUCUGA